AUGGCGGCGACCCCGGCGUACACAAACGACCUCCACACCAUUCUCUCGGAGCAACCCCGAGAACUCAUGGCCGCCAAAACCCUAGACUCCGACCUCGACAUCGCCUUCUCUCUCCAAAUGCAGGAAGCCAUGACCGCCUCCCUCUCUCACCACCUCCCCUCCUCCUCUUCCCUCCCUCCUCCUCCUCCCCCUCCUCUGCCGCCCAUCCACGACGAAUACGACGACGUUCUCGACCUCGCCGCCGCGCUGAUGCUCGAAGACAUCGAGAAAUUCGCGCAGGAAUACCAAGACCACGAGCGCUCCCUCUUCGAAAUCCGCAAGGCGAAAGAAGACCUCGACCGGCGAAUUCACGACCAGAAUUUCGCCGCCGAGGUCCGCAACGUCCCGGAGGACUACUGGAGCAAGUACGGUGAUCACUACGAGAAGCCGUACUGCGGCGACGGCGCUUCGUCGUCGUCGGCGGUGGAGAGUGAGUGUUUGAGGCUGUAUUGUAAGGGUUUGGUCGGGGAAGAGGUGGUUAGGGAUUCGAAGGUGGUGGUGGCUGGGGCUGGGGUUGCGAUUUGUGACCCGAGAGAUAAUCUGAUUUUCGAGGCGAGGAAGAAUCUGGAGGCGUUUGAUGGUGGUGUGGUGAGGAGCAAUGAGGCUGUGGAGCUUCAGGCUCUCAUUGAAGGGCUUGAGACUGCUCUCACUCUUGAGUUGAAAACUUUGACUUUUUUCUGUGAUGGUUAUAUGCUUUACCAAUAUGUUACAGGCAGAGUGGUUCCUGGGAACAGCAAGAUUGCCACAUUAGUCAAUCAACUGGGAUGUAUACGAAGAAAAUUUGAAUAUUGCAGUCCUUCUCUUGUGGCACGUAGUGACAUUAAAUUUGCCUUUCAAUUUGCAAGAGAGGCUAUGGUUUCUCAAAUCACCUGGCCUGCAGAAACUAGCAAUGGAAAAUCUUUGAAGGAGACUUGCGUAAUUUGUUUUGAGGACACUAAUGUUGGUCAAAUGUUUUCGAUUGAUGGUUGUCUGCACAGGUACUGCUUUUCUUGUAUGAAACAGCAUGUAGAAGUUAAGUUGCUUAAUGGGCAGGUGGCACAGUGCCCUCAUGAAGGCUGUAAUACUGAGGUCAGUAUUGACAGUUGCACACAAUUCUUGGCACCUAUAUUAGUUGAGGUUAUGAGCCAAAGAAUCAAGGAAUCUUCUAUUCCUGUCACAGAGAAAGUUUAUUGCCCAAAUCCCAGGUGUUCUGCAUUGAUGUCCAAAUCGGAAGUCUUACAAUAUACAAGCAACUUUUAUGCUGGUGCUGAACAAUCUGGAGCCAGAAGAUGCAUGAAAUGUCAUUCCUAUUUUUGUAUCAAUUGCAAGGUCCCUUGGCAUUCCAAUAUGACUUGCUAUGAUUACAAAAGAUCAAAUCCCUAUCCCGGUCAAGAAGAUCAGUUGCUGAAAUCUUUGGCUACAAAGAAACACUGGCGCCAGUGUGUUAAGUGCAAGAAUAUGGUUGAACUUGCAGAAGGUUGUUACCACAUUACUUGCAGAUGUGGAUAUGAGUUCUGCUAUACUUGUGGGGCUGAAUGGAAGAACAAGAAACCAACAUGUUCCUGCCCAAUCUGGGAUUUGCGCAACAUCAUACGCGAAGAGCCACAACAAGUCCGGCCCAUUAUACGUGAGCAACCACGGCAAGUGCCGCAACAAGUGCAGCAGCCCAUCAGACACGAUCACGAACGACAAGGACAGCCCAUUAGACAUGAACAACCACAAAGAUUUCAAGUGCAACUGCCCAUUAUGCCCCAACAAGUACAGCAUGCCAUACAUGAACAGCCACGACAAGGACUGCCUGGACGUGUGCAACUGCAGCCCAAUAUACAUCAGCAGCAACGACGUGGACAGCCUGUUAUACAUGAUCAGGCACGACGUGGACAGCCUGUUAGACGUGAACAGCCACGACACGUACAGCAACAACAGGAUUAUAACUACAAUGAACAGCCACGACAUGGACAGCCUGUUAGACGUGAACAGCCACGACACGUACAGCAACGACAGGAUUAUAACCACUAUGGACAGCCACGUCCGGUACAGCAACAACAGGAUUAUUACUAUGAACAGCCACGACAGGUACGGCGACAAGACGAUUACGACUACUAUGACUAGUGUAUCAUGCUAAAAGAGAUUCAGGCUGAUAUUCUUGUGCAGUCUUCUUUUCUUUGGUUUCUUCAAAAUUAUUAGUGUUAGAGCAGCGGGAAUGACUGAACAUGAGACAAAGUCAUUUGGCCCAUUGUGUUUUGAGUGCCUUCGUGGAUGCACUUAAGUUUGAAUGAGGAAGCACUUUUGCUAUGAGGAAAGAAACUAUUCCAUGAAGGUGUACUAAAUGCAGCAUUGCAGCAUGUAGGAUUCUUGCGAACGUAAGAAGGGAAUUUACUGUCAUAUUAUUGCCUAUUUGCCAUAGUUUCUGUUGGAUUGAAGCAUGCUUGAGAAAUCUGUUCCUUUGGUGAUGAGUCCCUUUUGUAGACAUGAAUAGACCAGCUAGGCUACUCCAUGAAGUUAUGUCAUCCCCGAACAUGGUCCUCUGAACUGAACAAUAUAUUCUUUCAUACUCUCAAAGAUUAAUUAUAUAUACGCGCGUACAUUUGUUCUAACCUGUUUCAUUCCAACAUUCAGAUGGAUAUUGGCAUUAAAAAAAAAAAAGGUGUACAUCAAAUUCUGAUGAACCAGUUGGACC